AUGGUGGUGGUGAUGGGGGCUUUAAGUUUAAGCCUGAGGCUGCCGUCCCCUCUUACAUCUAUCUUGACCUAUUCCGUCAAGUCACCUUUACUACGUUGCCGGAGGAGCCAUCACUUCCGGCGGCGGUUCUCUGCUGUGAAUUUCUCGGCGCAGAGUACAGCAGCCGAGAAGGACAUCUCUCCGGAAGUUGAAGACCAGAAAAAGAGUCGAGUUCUGGACAAGGACAAAGACAGGGCUAUAACUCCGCGCUCUCAAGACUUCAACGCCUGGUAUUUGGAUGUCAUUGCCAAUGCGGAGCUCGCCGAUUACGGCCCAGUUCGCGGCACUAUGGUUAUUCGUCCCUAUGGUUACGCCAUUUGGGAAGCUAUUCAAGAUUAUUUGAAUGUCAAGUUUAAGGAGACUGGUCAUAGUAAUAUGUAUUUUCCCCAGUUCAUACCAUACUCUUUCAUUGAGAAAGAAGCCUCUCAUGUAGAAGGAUUUAGUCCUGAAUUGGCUCUUGUUACAAUUGGAGGUGGAAAAGAGCUUGAGGAAAAGCUUGUGGUUCGACCUACAAGUGAAACAAUUGUCAAUCAUAUGUUCACUCAGUGGAUUCAUAGUUACCGUGACCUUCCCCUCAUGAUCAACCAGUGGGCAAAUGUUACGAGAUGGGAAAUGCGUACUAAACCAUUUAUUAGGACUCUUGAAUUCCUAUGGCAAGAGGGUCACACUGCACACAGCACAUUAGAGGAGGCAGAAAAGGAGGCUUUACAGAUGAUUGAUGUCUACACAAAAUUUGCUUAUGAGCAAGCAGCCAUACCUGUCAUUGCAGGUCGGAAGUCAAGGGUCGAAACAUUUGCCGGUGCUUCCCGAACUUACACAAUAGAGGCAAUGAUGGGUGACAGGAAGGCUUUGCAGGCUGGAACAAGUCAUAAUCUUGGGCAGAAUUUUUCCAAGGCAUUUGGCACUCAGUUCACAGAUGAAAAUGGUGAAAGGCAACAUGUAUGGCAGACAUCUUGGGCUAUCAGUACAAGGUUUGUUGGAGGUAUCAUCAUGACCCAUGGGGAUGACACUGGCUUAAUGCUUCCUCCUAAGCUGGCUCCUGUUCAGGUUAUAAUUGUCCCAAUAUGGAAGAAAGUGGAGGAGAGAACUCAGGUUCUUGAUGCUACAUCUUCAGUUAAGGAAACUCUGCGAACUGCUGGAAUAAGGGUCAAGAUUGAUGAUUCUGAUCAGAGGACACCUGGAUGGAAAUACAAUUUCUGGGAAAUGAAGGGAGUUCCUGUAAGAAUUGAGAUUGGCCCUCGUGAUGUUUCAAGUGGCACUGUUGUCAUCUCUAGAAGGGAUGUUCCUGGAAAACAAGGAAAAGUGUUUGGAAUAUCUAUGGAUCCCUCUACAUUGGUUGUUUAUGUCAAGGACUUGAUGGAUGAAAUUCAGAAUUCUUUGCUGGGAGCUGCAAUAGCAUUUCGUGAUAGUAACAUUGUCGAUGUCAGCUCUUAUGAUGAGCUAAAAGAAGCCAUAGCUCAAGGCAAGUGGGCAAGAGGUCCUUGGUCAGCUAGGGAUGAAGAUGAAUUAAAGGUGAAAGAAGAGACGGGAGCAACCAUCAGAUGUUUCCCUUUUGAACAGCCCCCAGGAACAAAAUCAUGCUUGAUGACAGGCAAACCAGCAGAAGAAGUUGCGAUAUUUGCCAAGUCUUACUAG